GCCCUGGCUCAGAGGGUGACCCUAACUGUGGCUGCUGAAGUCAGGAAGCAGAUCUCGGGGCAGUAUGGAGGGUCUCCCCAGCUUCUCAAAAACCUCAAUAUUGGAGGCAGCGUCUCUCAUCAUACAACUGUGCCGCUUACAGAAGCGGUGGACCCGGUUGACUUGGAGGACUACCUUAUCGCACACCCCAUUGCGGUGGAGUCCGGACCCCUGCGAGACUUGCUGGAGUUUCCCCCUGAUGACAUCGAGGUGGUGUACACCCCUCGAGAAUGUCGGACGCUGGUGUCGGCGGUGCCUGAAGAGAGUGAGAUGGACCCUCAUGUGAGGGACUGCGUACGAAGUUACACGGAGGAUUGGGCCAUCGUGAACAGAAAAUACCACAAGCUGGGAACUGGAUUUAAUCCCAACACCUUAGACAAACAGAAGGAGCGACAAAAGGGGCUCCCCAAGCAGAUCUUUGAGUCUGACGAAGCUCCAGAUGGCAACAGUUACCAGGAUGAACAAGAUGACCUGAAACGACGCUCCAUGUCGAUUGACGACACUCCCCGGGGCAGCUGGGCGUGCAGUAUUUUUGAUCUGAAGAACUCCCUCCCGGAUGCCCUGCUCCCAAACCUGCUGGACCGAACCCCCAAUGAAGAGAUCGACCACCACAACGAGGACCAGAGGAAGUCCAGUAGGCAUAAGGAGCUUUUUGCACUGCAUCCAGCACCAGACGAGGAGGAGCCUAUAGAACGACUUAGUGUCCCUGAAGUGCCCAAAGAACACUUUGGCCAAAGACUCCUGGUGAAGUGUUUGUCCCUUAAAUUCGAAAUAGAAAUUGAGCCCAUUUUUGCCAGUUUGGCUUUGUACGAUGUUAAAGAAAAGAAAAAGAUUUCAGAAAAUUUCUACUUUGAUUUAAACUCUGAACAAAUGAAGGGAAUGCUUCGGCCUCAUGUCCCCCCUGCUGCUAUAUCCACGCUGGCCAGAUCUGCCAUCUUUUCCAUCACGUACCCCUCUCAAGAUGUCUUUCUGGUAAUAAAGCUGGAAAAAGUAUUACAGCAGGGAGAUAUUGGGGAGUGUGCAGAGCCUUAUAUGAUUUUUAAAGAAUCUGAUGCAGCAAAGAAUAAGGAGAAGUUGGAAAAACUGAAAUGCCAGGCAGAACAGUUUUGCCAAAGACUGGGCAAGUAUCGAAUGCCUUUCGCCUGGACGGCCAUUCAUUUAAUGAACAUUGUGAGCAGCGCUGGAAGUUUGGAGAGAGACUCCACGGAAGUGGAAGUUGGCACAGGAGAACGUAAAGGAUCGUGGUCGGAGAGGCGGAAUUCCAGUAUUGUCGGGAGGCGUUCGUUAGAGAGAACCACGAGUGGGGACGAGGCUUGCAAUCUGACCAGUUUUAGACCAGCUACUCUGACAGUGACAAACUUCUUUAAACAGGAGGGCGAUCGCCUGAGCGAUGAAGAUCUGUACAAGUUCCUUGCCGACAUGAGGCGGCCAUCAUCGGUGUUACGGAGAUUGAGACCGAUCACAGCUCAAUUAAAGAUAGACAUAUCUCCAGCUCCAGAGAAUCCCCACUACUGUCUAACUCCAGAGCUGCUGCAAGUCAAGCUUUACCCAGACAGCAGAGUUAGACCUACAAGAGAAAUCCUGGAGUUUCCUGCCAGGGAUGUCUACGUUCCAAAUACCACAUACAGGAAUCUUCUGUAUGUCUACCCUCAGAGCCUUAACUUCGCCAACCGCCAAGGAUCUGCCAGGAAUAUCACUGUGAAAGUCCAGUUCAUGUAUGGAGAGGACCCAAGCAACGCCAUGCCGGUCAUCUUUGGCAAAUCUAGCUGUCCUGAAUUUUCCAAAGAAGCAUACACAGCUGUAGUGUAUCACAACAGAUCGCCUGAUUUUCAUGAGGAAAUCAAGAUUAAGCUGCCAGCCACUUUAACCGAUCACCACCACCUGCUUUUUACUUUCUACCACGUCAGCUGCCAACAGAAACAAAACACUCCCCUGGAGACUCCAGUUGGAUACACCUGGAUACCGAUGCUUCAAAAUGGACGGUUAAAGACUGGUCAGUUCUGCCUACCUGUUUCACUGGAAAAACCACCGCAGGCUUACUCAGUGCUUUCUCCAGAGGUUCCGCUCCCCGGAAUGAAGUGGGUGGAUAACCACAAAGGGGUUUUCAACGUAGAGGUCGUUGCGGUAUCAUCCCUCCAUACUCAGGACCCUUAUCUUGACAAGUUCUUUGCGCUUGUCCAUGCUCUGGAUGAGCACAUGUUCCCUGUGCGAAUAGGAGACAUGAGAAUUAUGGAAAACAACUUGGAAAAUGAACUGAAGAGCAGCAUUUCAGCUUUAAAUUCCUCUCAACUGGAGCCGGUAGUGCGAUUUCUUCAUCUCCUGCUUGACAAACUGAUUCUUCUGGUAGUAAGACCUCCUGUCAUUGCAGGCCAAAUAGUUAACCUGGGCCAAGCAUCUUUUGAAGCGAUGGCAUCAAUCAUAAACAGACUUCACAAGAACUUGGAUGGCAACCAGGACCAGCAUGGCAGAAACAGCCUUCUUGCUUCCUAUAUUUAUUACGUUUUUCGCCUACCAAAUACCUAUCCCAACUCGCCAUCACCAGGUCCCGGUGGCUUGGGGGGAUCGGUGCAUUAUGCCACCAUGGCUCGAUCUGCUGUCCGACCAGCGAGCCUUAACCACUCAAGGAGCCUCAGCAACAGCAACCCAGACAUAUCUGGGACGCCCACCUCGCCGGAUGAUGAAGUUCGCUCGAUCAUUGGCAGCAAGGCUACGGAUCGAAGUUGUAAUCGUAUGUCUUCGCACACUGAGACGUCAAGUUUCUUACAAACAUUAACAGGACGAUUACCAACUAAAAAGCUUUUUCACGAGGAGCUGGCCUUACAGUGGGUUGUGUGCAGCGGGAGCGUGCGGGAGGCAGCCCUGCAGCAGGCCUGGUUCUUCUUCGAGCUGAUGGUGAAGAGCAUGGUGCAUCAUUUGUAUUUUGCUGACAAACUGGAUGCGCCAAGAAAGAAUCGUUUUCCUGAGCGUUUCAUGGAUGAUGUAACUGCUUUGGUCAGCACAAUUGCCGGUGAUAUAGUCUCUCGGUUCCAGAAGGAUACAGAAAUGGUUGAGAGGCUCAACACCAGUCUUGCAUUUUUCCUCAAUGACCUGUUGUCUAUCAUGGACAGAGGAUUUGUUUUUAUGCUUAUUAAGACCUGCUACAAACAGGUGUCUUCGAAGCUGUAUUCCUUAACCAAUCCAAGUAACCUGGCGUCUUUGAGGCUGGACUUCCUUCGCAUUAUUUGCAGCCAUGAACACUACGUCACCUUGAACUUACCCUGCAGCUUGCUCACACCACCUGCAUCUCCGUCCCCAUCUGUGUCUUCAGCAACUUCUCAGAGUUCUGGGUUCUCCACAAAUGUCCAAGACCAGAAGAUUGCAAACAUGUUUGAAUUGUCUGUGCCUUUCCGCCAACAGCAUUACUUGGCCGGGCUUGUGUUAACCGAACUGGCGGUCAUUUUAGAUCCUGAUGCAGAAGGUUUAUUUGGAUUGCAUAAGAAGGUCAUCAAUAUGGUACACAAUUUACUGUCCAGCCAUGACUCGGAUCCGCGGUACGCUGACCCACAGGUAAAGGCCCGGGUGGCGAUGCUGUAUCUACCUCUGAUCGGCGUGAUCAUGGAAACCGUGCCUCAGCUUUAUGACUUCACAGAGAGUCACAAUCAGCGAGGGAGGCCAAGCUGCGUCGCUGUGGAUGAUUACGAAAGCGAGGGUGGAAGCAUGAUAAGCCAGACAGUUGCCAUGGCCAUCGCAGGAACGUCGGUCCCUCAGCUCACCCGGCCCAGCAGUUUUCUACUCACCUCAUCGAGUGGCAGGCAGCACUCCACCUUCUCAACAGAGUCCAGCCGCAGCCUUCUGAUCUGUCUCUUGUGGGUGCUCAAGAACGCGGACGAAAGCGUCUUGCAGAAGUGGUUCACAGACCUGUCAGUGCUGCAGCUCAAUCGCCUGCUGGACUUGCUUUACCUUUGUGUAUCCUGCUUUGAAUACAAGGGCAAGAAAGUAUUUGAAAGAAUGAACAGUCUGACGUUCAAGAAGUCGAAAGACAUGAGAGCCAAACUCGAAGAAGCUAUUUUGGGAAGCAUAGGGGCAAGGCAAGAAAUGGUCCGAAGAAGCAGAGGACAGCUAGAGAGAAGUCCUUCUGGGAGCGCGUUUGGAAGUCAAGAGAAUCUGAGAUGGAGAAAGGAUAUGACCCACUGGCGUCAAAACACAGAAAAGCUUGACAAAUCAAGGGCAGAGAUAGAACAUGAGGCACUUAUUGAUGGAAAUCUUGCAACGGAGGCGAAUCUGAUUAUUUUGGAUACACUAGAGAUAGUUGUACAGACUGUUUCUGUGACGGAGUCCAAAGAGAGUAUCCUCGGCGGGGUGCUGAAAGUGCUUCUGCACAGCAUGGCCUGCAACCAAAGUGCACUUUAUCUUCAACACUGCUUCGCCACACAGAGGGCUUUGGUUUCAAAGUUCCCUGAGCUGCUGUUCGAAGAAGAGACCGAGCAGUGUGCAGAUCUGUGCCUGAGGCUCCUGCGACACUGCAGCAGCAGUAUCAGCACGAUACGGUCGCAUGCGAGUGCCUCUCUUUACCUUCUGAUGAGGCAAAACUUUGAGAUUGGGAACAACUUUGCCAGAGUGAAAAUGCAGGUGACCAUGUCUCUCUCAUCCCUGGUGGGGACAUCCCAGAACUUCAAUGAGGAGUUUUUGCGACGUUCCCUGAAGACUAUUUUGACAUACGCUGAAGAAGAUCUGGAACUCAGGGAGACAACAUUUCCUGAUCAGGUCCAGGAUCUAGUGUUCAACCUCCACAUGAUCCUCUCUGACACAGUUAAAAUGAAGGAGCACCAGGAAGACCCAGAAAUGCUGAUUGACCUGAUGUACAGGAUUGCAAAGGGAUACCAGAAUUCCCCUGACCUGCGCCUGACGUGGCUGCAGAACAUGGCUGGAAAGCACUCCGAGAGGAGCAAUCACGCCGAAUCAGCCCAGUGCCUGGUCCACUCUGCAGCCUUGGUGGCUGAAUAUCUGAGCAUGCUGGAAGACCGAAAAUACCUCCCUGUAGGGUGUGUUACUUUUCAGAACAUAUCUUCUAACGUUUUGGAAGAGUCAGCAGUUUCUGAUGAUGUUGUAUCACCAGAUGAAGAAGGUAUCUGUUCUGGAAAGUAUUUUACAGAAGCUGGUCUGGUGGGAUUGCUGGAACAGGCUGCAGCAUCUUUCUCCAUGGCUGGCAUGUAUGAAGCAGUUAAUGAGGUUUACAAAGUCCUUAUUCCUAUUCAUGAAGCUAAUAGAGAUGCCAAGAAGCUAUCUACUAUUCAUGGCAAACUCCAGGAGGCAUUCAGCAAGAUUGUUCACCAGGAUGGAAAGAGGAUGUUUGGCACCUACUUCCGAGUUGGUUUUUAUGGAACUAAAUUUGGAGACCUGGAUGAGCAAGAGUUUGUUUACAAGGAGCCGGCGAUAACCAAGUUAGCUGAAAUCUCCCAUCGGCUCGAGGGGUUUUACGGAGAACGGUUUGGUGAAGAUGUGCUCGAAGUGAUUAAGGACUCAAACCCUGUGGACAAAUGUAAACUAGACCCUAACAAGGCCUACAUUCAGAUAACCUACGUGGAGCCGUACUUCGACACCUACGAGAUGAAGGACAGGAUAACUUACUUCGAUAAGAACUACAACUUGCGGCGUUUCAUGUACUGCACACCCUUCACGCUGGACGGCCGAGCUCACGGGGAGCUGCAUGAGCAGUUCAAGCGCAAAACCAUCCUGACCACGUCCCACGCCUUCCCGUACAUUAAAACCAGGAUAAACGUCAUCCACAAAGAGGAGAUCAUUUUGACGCCCAUUGAAGUUGCCAUAGAGGACAUGCAGAAGAAAACACAGGAAUUGGCUUUUGCAACCCACCAAGACCCUGCGGACCCAAAGAUGCUGCAGAUGGUGCUGCAAGGAUCAGUAGGUACCACAGUAAAUCAGGGACCAUUAGAAGUCGCACAAGUUUUCUUGUCUGAAAUACCCAACGAUCCAAAGCUCUUCAGACACCACAACAAACUGCGGCUCUGUUUCAAAGACUUCACCAAAAGGUGCGAAGAUGCUCUGCGCAAGAACAAGAGCCUGAUCGGUCCGGACCAGAAGGAGUAUCAGCGAGAGCUCGAAAGGAAUUACCACCGGUUAAAGGAAGCUCUCCAGCCUCUGAUAAACAGAAAGAUCCCACAGCUGUAUAAGGCAGUGCUGCCGGUCACGUGCCACAGGUGGAUAUUUAGCAGGAUGAGCCUUCGCAAAAUGGAUAUCUAAACGAGUUAAAAACCAAAAUUAAAAAGCACUUAAAAUUAAGGUUUUGAAAAGAAAGAGCCUUGCUAUCAGCGCUGGGAAUCAAAGAAGUUUUAUUGCGAAAUAAAACUUGGACUUCAUCGUGGACAUCCCACACACCUCUUCCUCCAUCAAAGUGUUCAGUGGCCAAAAAUCAUUCUGAAUUGUCAAAUGUAGACUUAUCGAUGUUUGAAAAAAGUCACGACGGUGGUAUCCAGAGUGUUGGUGAUCAGCUGUAAACUUACCUGUUUUUUAAGGCGUUUUUAUGACUCAAAGGUACACUAAACUCAUUUACCUUUAUUUAUAGCGUUACCUAAUGUUAAAUUUAUUUACUUUUAGUUCAUAUAUUUAAUUUAUAUUAGGACCAUAUGCCAAUCCAUUUUUGAAGUUUUUAAUGUAGUGAUGAUGGUUAUUUUGAUGGUACUAUUAAAUAUGUGAAUGUUUACACUUUAA